CAGGAUGGAGCUGGGCCCAGCAACCCAGACCUUUGUGUUGGAGCUUCGAUGUCUUGAGGAUGGGGGUCCAGGGCCUGACACCCUCUCAGGCAUAACACUUCAGGUGACAUCUAACUACAUGGUCAAUAGAAUGCUUCUGUGGAAACUGCUGUCCCAGGAAGUCAGAGUGACCACGUGACCAAGCUAGAAAUGAGGCGAUUCACACCGAGGUGAGGUCUGUCCCUGCAGAGGAGGCACGAGAACGGAGUGUGUGAGAGGGUGCUGAUCUUACCCUCGGGACGUGUUCCCUCAGGUGUCUGCACCCACUGCCCAACACCCAGCUGCUCUGUGGAAGCGGCUCUAGAAAGAAAAAAAGUGUUCCAGGGGCUGGGGAGGUGGCUCAGUGGGGAGAGCAUUCGCCCUUCAAGCUUGAGGACAAGAGUUUGAACCCCCAGAGUUCAAGUAGAGGCAGAGUAGUUCAUUGUCUGAAUCGGAGCACUUCUGUUAUGAGAGGGGAGGUAGAGGCAGGAGAAUCCGUGGACACUCCGGGGCCAGCUAGCCUGGCAGGCCUGUACAGCGGCAGACAGGAGACCCUGUCUCCAAGUGCAAGGUCAGGCCCAACACCCAACUUGUCCUCUGACCUCUAUAGGUGUGCUGUGGUACCUAUGUUCCCACAAGCACACGCAUGGACACACAUGCCCAUACACACAAGACACACAGAUUUUAAAAAUGCAUUUAACAAAGGUGAUUAGAAAGCUUGGUUUUGUAAAAUAUAAUUACACACAACUAUCUGUGUGUGUGUGUGUGUGUGUGUGUGUGUGGUAUGUGUGGUGUGCAUGUGUGUAUUCAUGUUUCUUGUCUGCAUUUGGGUGCUCUUGUGCGUGGGUGUGGAUGGACAUGUGUGCACAUGCAUUUGGAGACCCCAGACUGAUGUCAAGUCAUACUUGAUCAUUCUUCCACCUUAUUCAAUGGGUCAGGGUCUCUGAAUCGCGCUCAAAGCUUGCCUAUACGGCUAGUCUUCCCAGCCAGCUUCCUCCAGGGACCCCCUCUCUCCACUCUCUGAGGGUGGAGUUAUAGGUGUGCUGCUGUGCCUGACUUUUCAGUUAACUUCUGAAGUACAGACUCCAUACCUGACCCCCCUGGCUUCCUUGAUGCGUCAAUGCUUUCUAGAAAUGGCUUGCUGUAUCCUUAUAGAAAUGGCUUGUUAUUCACAGACAAGGCAAAUUUCACUUAUUUAAAGUGUGAGCGUUAUCUGGCGGUGGUGGCGCACACCUUUAAUCCCAGCACUUGGGAGGCAGAGGCAGGCAGAUCUCUGUGAGUUUAAGGCCAGCCUGGUCUAUAGCCUGGGACAGCCAGGGCUACACAAAGAAAUUCUGUAUCAAAAAACCAGAUAGAUAGAUAGAUAGAUAGAUAGAUAGAUAGAUAGAUAGAUAGAUAGACAGACAGACAGACAGACAGUGUGUGACCAUAAAUGGGUUCAGAGCUCAGCCACUGGAAUAGCUGGCCUCCCUGCAUGGGGAAAAAGAGCUAGACACAUUUCAGGGAAUGGUGUCAGGAUCCCCAAGAGCUAAGCAUGGGACUCAUUUGAAGGGGGCUCAGUGGGAGUCUGAACAGGGUGAUCAGGGGACUCUGGGAAUGUUUGUUCUGUCAUCGUUGUCACUUGCUCUCACAUUUUUUGGGUCCCCGCUCAGAGCCCCUUAGUGUAUCCUGAAUGCAUCCUUCUGGGGGUUUGGUCCGGAUCCUGCCUAUCACUCCUUCUCGCCUGGCUUCCUGCCAUUUCCACUACAGGUGGCAGUGGUGGGAAGGAAAGCCAGGAGGAAGAAGAGGUCCAGGAGGGGAGCAGCCACCCACAGCAGCCAGUGCUUGCAGCCUCAUUCGGGGCCUAUUACUAUAUUGAGCCAGAGCAGGAGGAACCGCAGGACUUGCGAGUGCACCGAGUUAAGCAGCAGCCAGAGCAGAAACGUCAGCCCGAGCACAGGCAGUUGCAAGAGCAGCAACCGCAGCAUCAGCUGUUAGGAUCCCAGCCAGAAUCGCAGCAGCAGCAGCAAGAUGGACAACAGCAGCUGUCUCCGCCCCAGCAAGAACAGCAGGAAAACUGGCCCAUGCAGCACCAGCAACCAAAACCACAGCUGCAGGUGGUGCAGCUGCCAAGACUUGGACAAGAGCAACAUUUAUUGCUGCAGCAGCACCAGAUGAUGCAGCUUCCACACCAAGCACAACAGAUGUUUCAACAGCAGCAGGAACAGCUGCAACUGCAGCAAAUUCAACAGCAGUAUCUUGUGCAGCAGCAAGUAUAUGAACCUGUACCGCAGCAGCAAGUGCUGCUACUGCAGCAGCUGGUACAGCAGCAGCAAGUGCAGGAACAACUGCCAUUACAGCAGCCAACGCAAGAGCAGCAACAGUCACAGCACCCACAGCUUCUCCAAAAGCAACUGUUACAACAGCAGAGACAGUUGCUGCUGCAGCAUGUGCAAGAUCAAGUAUUGCAGUUACAACAAGUGCAAGAGCAGAAGCUGUUGCAACAGGAGCAGUUUCAGCAGCAGCUGCUCCAACAGCAGCAACUGCUGCAGCAGCAGGGACAGUUGCAACAGCAACACUUACAGCAGCAGGUACUGGUGCUGCAGCCACAGGGACAGCUACAGCAGCAACUAUUGCUGCAGCAGCAACAGACACAGUUGCAGCAGCAGCUGUUGCUGCAGCAACAGGCACAAUUGCAGCACCAACUAUUACUGCAGCAGCAGGAACAGUUGCAGCAGCAGUUAUUGCAACAGCAGCAGGAACAGUUGCAGCAGCAGCAGUUAUUGCAAAAGCAGCAGGAACAGCUACAGCAGCACCAGCAGCUGCAGCCUCUUCCACCAGAGGACGAGGAAGUGGAACUUGAGCUCAUGCCGGUGGACGUGGGGUCUGAGCAGGAGCUGGAGAGGCAGCAAGAGCUGGAAAGACUGCAGGAACAGCGGCAGCUGCAGCUAAAAAUGCAGGAGCAGCUACGUCAGCUAGAGCAGCACCUGGAGAAGCAGCAGCAGCUGGAGCAGCUGCAGCAGCAGCAGCAGCUGGAGCAACAGGAGGUGCACCUGGAGCUGACCCCGGUGGAGCUAGGCGCCCAGCAGCAGGAGCUGCAACUGGAGCUGACCUCUGUGCAGCCAGAGCUGCAACUAGAGGUGGUGCCAGCUCCGGGAGGUUCAGCGCCAGCUCCAGCCACCGUUGUGGUGGCCCCUCCAGGUUACGUGGUGCUGCAAGAGCUCAUGGUGCUGCCCGCUGUGGCCACAUCCACUGUGGUAGCUAUCCCGGGCCCCGCGGGGAGUGCGGCUCUGACUCCCGCCAAACAGCGGAGGAAGCGGCGAGCCCGGGACAGGCCGACCAUCUGCAGCGAGUGUGGCAAGGGUUUCAGCCGCAGCACGGACCUGGUGCGACACCAAGCCACACACACUGGGGAGAGGCCGUACCUCUGCAGUGAGUGCGGCAAGAGCUUCUCACAACAUUCCAACCUGGUGACCCACCAGCGCAUCCACACGGGCGAGAAGCCCUAUGCCUGCACCUACUGCUCCAAGUGCUUCAGCGAGAGCUCGGCGCUCGUGCAGCAUCAGCGCACCCACACCGGAGAGCGGCCCUACGUCUGCGGUGACUGCGGCAAGCGCUUCAGCGUCUCCUCCAACCUGCUGCGCCACCGUCGCACCCACUCGGGAGAGCGGCCCUACGUGUGCGAGGACUGCGGCGAGCGCUUCCGGCACAAGGUGCAGAUCCGCAGGCACGAGCGCCAGCUGCAUGGGGCAGGACGCUCCCGAGGCCUGGGACUCCUGCGGUCCUCCAGGCCCGGGCCUUCUACAAGGGCCCAGCAGAACUCUGCAUCCGGGAAGCACUGAGAGGUGUUAGCGCCAUCCACACACACACCUCAACCCUAGGUCCUGGCCUUAACCCCAUCUUGAGGUCUUUCUGGGUAUCUUGAAUUAUCCUUAAGAAAGGAAGACUUCCAUCCCGCCUGUGACCCAGGCCGCCCCACCCCCACCCCCCAAGCACCAAGUUCACAGAUUUCUCAUCCCUCCCCCCGCCCCCCCCCCAAACCAUCUCCAGGUCGGUGAAAGAGACUGCCCAGCUUUGCCUGGGAAAAUAGGACUGAGAACUGGCUUGGUAGCAAACAACUCGUGAGAUUUGAUACAACCAAACACUAACCAGCAAAUGAAAUAUUUAGUGUGUGUGUGUGUGUGUGUGUGUGUGUGUGUGUGUGUGUGUGUGUGUGAACUGGAAAAGGAAUGGAUCAUUCUGAAUACUUAAGGAGAAACUGGAAGGGGAGGGGCAGAGGAUGGAGUCCAGCCUACUGUAAAUUGCUUGCCUAGCAGAAAGCCCUGGUUUUCAUCUCCAGCACCAUACAAACCCGGUGUGUGGACCCAGAUAGUCCCAGCACUUGGGAGGUGGAGACAGGAGACUGAGGCUCCAGGUCAUUGUCAGGCACAUAGUGAGUUGGCAGAUAGCCUGGGUUACAUGAGACCCUGCCUCCAACAAAAAACAAAACAAAUAAACAAACAAAAACUGGUCUUCAGGUUGUCACAAUGCAGUGAACUUGGUCGAGGCAGUGAAUGGUCAUGACAUAAAUCUUGAAAAUAUCCGUCAAGAUGAAACGUGGACAUAUCUGGUGCAGAUACCUGCCCUGUGUUCAUAGACAAGGUCAGAGUGGCAGCCCGGUCGGUGUGUAAAUAAAAGCCAGGAGUCCUGCUCUGGGUGGAAGGUCAAACCUUCCUUCCCAGGGAGUCCAGACUACAGGCGUUAGAAGCAGAUCCGGGGCCUCUGUUGGAAUGUCCCCAAGCCAUUUGUACAUCCUUUACUGUCCCCUGGUGUAAGAGCCCAUGGCUGAAGCAGAGAUUGCCAAGAAGAGUUUACAAAUAACUUCCAGGUAGCCCUCACCUAGCCUAAGCCACCUAGAUGCUACCCAAGUGGUCAACACCAUGUGACCCAGGAACCACAAUCUCCAGGGCCAAGCUAUGGGGAGGGGUGGCUCGAGAAGCCCCUACCUCCUGGCUGGAGGUGUGGGGACAGAGACUGGGGGUCUCAGAAAGGCUGUAAGCCAUGCUUACCAAAUCAUGUAGGGCAGGGACUGCUGAGAAGUACGUGGUGUUGGAAGGUGUGCGUGUGAAGCCUGUCCUCCAGGUCCCCAGCCUCUUCCUGCCGCACCUCACCUCUCACGCAUUCUGAUGCCGUUUUCUUUGUUUGUUUGUUUUUGUUUUUUGUUUGUUUUUUGCCCUUGAUGCUGGCAGCAGAGGAGACCUGCCCACGAUACUUGGGGGAAAAUGAAAGCCAAAGGCAGAGAGAGGGGGGUAGGGGUGUGUGUGUGGGGGGGGUUGGGAGGAUUUUCCAGGUUUGGCGGCAUACACUUGUAAUCCUAGCACUUGGAAAACAGAUGCAGAAAUAUAGUGAGUUCAAGUCCAGCUUGGGCUACAUAGCAAGAUCUUAUCUCAUAGAAGAGAGGGAGGAAGGCAGCCAGACACGGUAGUUCAUACCUAUACUCCCAGAACUUAGGAUGCUGAAGGAGGAUCCAGAGUUGGAGGAUAGCCUGGGCUACAUAGUGAUACUGUAUAACAAAAAGAAAAAGACAAUUUAAAUCCUGUAAGUAGAGAACUGGUGUCACCCAAGAGAAGCAGAAGGCAGCAGUAGAAAGAAAUACAAUGUUGUUUCCGAAGUUACAUCAUGGUGGGAUUCAGAGGCUAGGGGAAAGCAGUGGACACAGGACCCCCCUGCUCUUUGUUUAAAAGGCAUCCAGAGAUGAGAAACUGUCACACACACACACACACACACACACACACACACACACACACACACACACACGCUGCCUUCUUGGUGCUGUGGUCUGGGAUGAAACUUAAAGCUUUGUUGAUGUUGGACAAAGGUCUACCUCUAAGCCACGCUCCACAGCCCCCACUGAGAGUCUCCAGGCAGGGGCUCCACCACUGAGCCACACCCCCAGCCCCUCACUGGGGGAUUCUAGGCAGGAGCUCCACCACUGAGCCACACCCCAUCUCCUUACUGGUAGAUUAUGAGCAGGGGCUCUGCCACUGAGCCAUGUGAGUUCUGGGCAGUAAGGACCCUAUCACUGAGCCAGGUACCUUGUCCUCUUCUUAUUUUGAAGCAUCAUUUUGCCCAAGUUGUCCUGAAACUUUCUCUGUAGCCCAGGCAAGCCCAGAAUCCCUGAUCCUCCUGCCUCAACCUCCUGACUGCUAGAAUUACAGGCAUGUACCUCACACCCAGCCCCCAGUAACAAUUAUUUUCCCCCUUGCUUCUAAAAACAACCGUUGGUAGAGUUCUGAGUGACUGGCUGAAAAUGAACAGAAUAGAACUUAAAUUGCCCCGGGUUAAGGAGGGCUGGAGGGCUAGUCCCUAGACGCCGCCCUCUGGAUCCGUGCGUCUGAGGACAGCACCCUUGCUCUGUCUGUACUGUGGCUUAGUUGGGUUGUUCUGUUACUGCUCACCUCAACCUUGGCAGGUUGUCACAAACUCACUAGAAGGGAAUAAUUUUAUUUUAUCUUUUAAAUUUAUGUGCAUGUGUGUAAUGUGUCCAUGGAGUUCACCAUAUGUGUGCAGGGUGCCUAUAGUAGGCAGCAGAGGGCGUCAGACUCCCAGGAACUGCAAUUACAGGUGGCUGUGAGCAGCCCAAUGGGGGUGCGGGAACUGGAUUUCAGUGUAGAAGAACAGUAAGCAAAACCAUGCCAGUCCUGGUGGAUUCUGAACUCUGUGUGUGUGUGUGUGUGUGUGUGUGUGCGUGUGUGUGCGCGCACGUGUUCAUUGAGCAGCUCCUUUAGUUGGGGAUGGAUAGAGGUGAUUUCAACCUUUUGGGGGUGAGCGUGCACCACUGGCUGGGGCUGAGGUUCUGGAAUGCCUCAUUUGCAUGAAGCGGAAUUCCAGCUGGACCUGACUUUAUAAGGAAAGAGAAAGUUUAACCUGGCUGCCACUAUGUGACCUCCUGUGGUGGGGAAGAAGGUAGGGGCUACAGGACUUUGUGCACUGGGACAUGUUGGGGGUGGUGGGAGGGAGAGGUCCUCACUCCUACUGUCCAGCGUUGGACAUGACUUGACCCCACUUCUGCUCCAGACUGGCUCCUCCUGGUUCCAUGGUGCCCAGGCCCCACAGAAAGGAGUAGUUUUAAAGCAAUUACAUCAAAACAAUAUGGAUGAAAUCUAAUGGACUUCAAAAAGGAAAAUCGACAUUUUUGGCACUAAUGCAAUUCCUAUGACUCUCAUAUAUCUAUAUGUGUAUCUGUGUGUAUACACUUGCAUGUGUGUGUGUAUGUGUGUGUAUAUAUAUAUAUAUAUAUAUAUAUAUAUACACAUAUACAUAUAUAUACACACACACACAUAUACACACACACACACACAUAUAUAUAUACAUAUAUACACACACACAUACAUAUACACACAGUAUAUACAAGAAAAAGGACACAGAAGUCCCCGAUUCACUCAUGUACCAGGUAGCUGGCCUGGUGACACAGACUCGCAUCAAGCUCUUUGAAACCUGAGGCUGGAGGAUGGCAAGUUCAAGGCAAGCCUGGGCUGUGGAGAGACAGCUUACCAUUGCUGCCGUCACCAUUUUAAUUCCUGCUCUGUCCUCCACACUGGCCUGUCAGCGACAGGACCAUCUGCCAACCCAGCAGUUUUCUGGAAGCUUGUUCUUUGUAUCCACUUUCCCGCCCCUCACCAAGGGAGAGGGGGACACAGCCAGCACAGGAAGGAGCCAGUCAUUUCGGUACCUCUGAGGUUCUGAGAGUCGAGGGAUAACUCAGUUCACAUACAGUAGCAUUAGGCUGACUCCGAGUCUGCUAGAGUCCCCCAGAUGCAGACAUGAGCUAUCUGUCCUCCAGAAGCCACCUAUACACCAUGGCUGAGUAGUGUUGUUGUGUGACAAAACUCUUCCUUGGGUAACACCACACAUACAGGUAUGGGAUCCCACAACAGACAAAUGUACAGACACCACCAAAGUCCAACCUCGUGUACCAGUGAGGAUUAUCGAGGUAACUUACAGGAAUAUGGGUGAGAGGUUACUCACAGGAGCAGAAAUGA